GUCGCCCCCAUCAAUAAGUUGGGCUAUCACUCUUGUCAGAAAUAGUUGCUUAGUUAAUAAGCUUCUGCUAAGAUAUAACCUGGCUUUCAUUAAGAAAAACGGAGCAGUCAGAAACAGUUCUAGACAAAGAUGCAAAAGUUGGGAGAUUGCUUGAUGAAAGACGGUUUUAGUUCCAAAUGAAAAUGUUCCUGUUAAAAUAGAAAAUGCUGCCUAAGAUCAGGAUCAAGACCAUACGAACAAAUUUUACCAUUUGGUCAAACUGCAACGAGUCUUAAAAGAGCCAACUUGGCUAAAGGAGUACGUGGCUUGGUAAGGAGAAGUGUGGCUUCAAGCACCAAGCAUGUUGAUGAAAGUAAAAUGGCACCAGUCCAAGUACCCAGGUCAAUUCAACCUGUUUCAUCAUCGUCAGAGAAAGCUCUAGACACCGCAGGCACUGUUCCUGAGCUCACUAAGCGUAAGUCUUUGUCAUGGAUGAUACAACUUACUCUACAGCGAGCAAAGCAUCCCUUUCCAAUAGUGUUGCAAAUGCCCAGCACACACCAAACGUCAAGCCUUUCAACCAGAAGUCGUUUAGCGAGUCGAAGACUGCUUCAAACGGUUCGGUUCAAAUCAAUCGUUCCGUCAGCUCUGUUUCGGUGAUUCGAUCAUCAUCUUUAACUCUUCCUCGUUGGAGCGUCACUUCCAGCCUUCUAGGAAACGACAGCAGUAGUCGUUCAGUUUGGGAUGUCUCAAAGGAACCUUAUAAAAAGGAAAGGGUACAGCAGUUGUUGGAUAAGAGAGGCUGGAGCGUUGUCAGUUUUCGCCACUGGAGAAGUUUAGGUCACCAGAUGCAAGACUUAAAAGUGCCAGAGGAAAAAUCUGCCAGCGUCAAGAGCAUCCAGACCGGCCGAUCUGAUGUCCCCUCAACCGUCGAAGGAAGUGUGUGUGCUUCCCCUACACUACUCAAGGAUCAUUUUGAAAUUACUAGCGCAAGUCUUCGGUGAUGAACACCAAUUUUGAAAAAGAAGAUGAAGAUGAACAGUGCGUGUUGACACCACCACCUCAACCAGAUUUCGAAAACGACCAAGAAGAAGCAGCAGCCCUCCAGCCCAUUCGCCGCGCAAUUCAUCAGUUUUAAAAGUAUUUGACGAUCAAGAGAACCAAGAUUUGCCCGCUGCUUCGCCGAUUUUGAAAGAAAAUUCCGCGAUGGAAGAGGAGACGGACAACUUCCACACUCCAACGGAAAGCGAGAUUAAAUCCAAAUAAGCGAGAUUCAGUCUUGGAUCUGUUGCCAUUUUACUUUUAGCAACCAUGCUUGGGUUUGAAGCCAAGAGUAAAUUGUAUCAUUCAUAUAGACUUACGCUUAGUUAACUUAGGAAUAGUGCCUGCAGUGUCUAGAGCUUUCUGUGACGAUGAUGGAAACAGUUUGAAUUGACCUGGAUACUUGGAACUGGUGCCAUUUUACUUGAAGCCACACUUCUCCUUACCAAGCCACGUACUCCUUUAGCCAAGUUGGCUCUUUUAAGACUUGUUUUGGUUUGACCAAAUGGUAAAAUUCGUUGGUAUGGUCUUGAUCCAUUUGUUUUCACUUCAUAUUGUGCAUAUUGUGUAGCCUAUCCCUGCUGAAAUUUUUUUAUUUGUGUUGGGUAUUUUGUGUUUUACUGUACUUGUUGUAGCGUCAUUUGCUGGCUUUAUAAAUUUAAUACGACUUAUUUUCACCGGCA